CUCUGGUUAAAUUGCUGAUUCAUGGUGAGACCACAGAAAAAUCAACAUGGAAGAGAUUCCCUUCCAGAAAGACAUGGAUAAGCAAACUGUGGUAUCUGUGACAACGGAAUAGUAAUCUUGGGAAAACAGAAAUGAGAUGGCAAACCACUGGGGCAGAGGUCCCCAAAGAGUACACGGUUGGUUAUGCUAUGGGGUGGCAAUCUGGAAAGGCUUAAAAUAUUUAUUUGAUUUGUAAUUAUGUGUGAUUGUGCGGAUAUGCGUAUAAGAGCAAGGAUGCCUAAGGGACCAGAAGAGCAUCUUGGAUCCCCUGGUUGGAUCCCCUGGAACUGAAGUUACAGGACACAGAAAGAUUUCGGCAGCAACCAUGGCCACCUUCGUGGAGCUCAGUACCAAAGCCAAGAUGCCCAUUGUGGGUCUGGGUACCUGGAAGUCUCCCCCAAACCAAGUCAAGGAAGCUGUGAAGGCGGCCAUUGAUGCUGGGUAUCGCCACAUAGACUGUGCCUAUGCGUAUCAGAAUGAGAAUGAGGUGGGAGAGGCCAUCCAGGAGAAGAUCAAAGAGAAGGCUGUGAGGCGGGAGGAUCUCUUCAUCGUCAGCAAGUUGUGGCCCACCUGCUUUGAGAAAAAACAGCUAAAGGAAGCCUUUCAGAAGACACUCACAGACCUGAAGCUGGACUAUUUGGACCUCUAUCUUGUUCACUGGCCGCAGGGUUUUCAGCCCGGAAAGGAGUUAUUCCCUAAAGAUGAUCAAGGCAAUAUCCUCACCAGUAAAACAACGUUUUUGGAAGCCUGGGAGGGCAUGGAGGAACUGGUGGACCAGGGGCUGGUGAAAGCUCUGGGCGUCUCCAACUUCAAUCACUUCCAGAUUGAAAGACUCCUGAACAAGCCUGGACUAAAGCAUAAGCCAGUGACCAACCAGGUCGAGUGUCACCCUUACCUGACCCAGGAGAAACUGAUCCAGUACUGUCACUCCAAGGGCAUCACUGUCACGGCCUACAGUCCCCUGGGCUCCCCAGACAGACCUCACGCUAAGCCAUCGGACCCUUCACUACUUGAGGACCCCAAAAUUAAAGAGAUUGCUGCCAAGCAUAAGAAAACCUCAGCCCAGGUUCUGAUUCGGUUCCACAUCCAGAGGAAUGUGGUGGUGAUCCCGAAGUCUGUGACACCAGCGCGUAUACAGGAGAACAUUCAGGUCUUUGACUUCCAGUUGAGUGACAAGGAGAUGGCCACUAUCCUUAGCUUCAACAGAAACUGGAGGGCCUGCCUGCUGCCUGAGACAAUAAACAUGGAAGAAUAUCCCUAUGACGCAGAAUACUGAAGCUGAAUCAGUCCCUGAGGCUUCCUCUUUGCCGAUGCACACCUCACUCCCAGAGUCCUGUUUAAGCCCAGCCUGCCUGACAUCGUGCGGUAGGCAAGGCUGUGUUUAAAUCGCCACGCUGACCAGAGACAGACUGUUGCAUGCAAAUGUGCCUUAGAGAAGCAAAUGGGCCUCUCCUUCACUAAUUUGAUCUGAUCAAAUGUUUGUCAAAAACUGGGAACUCUGGUAACAUUUGAGGGUAUAAAGAUAAAAUAAUAAAGAAUCGUAAUGUUAACAAACAUA